GGGUUUCACAUUGUUGGGAUUUAAACUCUAUUAGAAGAAAUGCUCUCACUUUAUGGUCAAGUUUAAACUGGGAGUCCAAUGACUAACCCUUUGAUUAAAGUGAAAGUGGAAGUGCUUGCUCUUAUUUUCUUACAACGGGUGAAUAACCAUAGCAGCAAUUAACCUUUAAAUCAUGUUUGAUAAUUUUUAACAAAUAAUGUGACACACAGACAUAUUAACCCGAGACGGUGUCACACAUUGGACCCGGAAGCUUUUUCUCCCCAAAUUUAUCUCGCAACUGCUGCAUUGUUUCAUAUAACUAUAGAUAUCGUUUUAUUAUUGUGCAUGUACACGCAAUAGCUCAGUGGCUCAGGAUCAGUUCAGCUGUCCAAUCUGUCCAGACCUACUGAAGUGACUACAGCUCAUGGACACAGCGUGUGUCUGGACUUUAUUGGAGGCUACUGGGGUCAGGAGGUUCAGAAAGGAGUCUACAAGCUGCCCUCUUUACUUCAAGACCGGACCUUAAGAUUAAUGCUGAAUGAUGGAUAAGCUGAAGAUGUCAGCGUAUGCCAAAUUUCUGGAGUGUGAUUUCUGCACUGGGAGAAAAUCCAAAGCCAUCAAGUCCUGUCUGGUGUGUCUGGCCUCUUUCUGUGAAACUCACCUCCAGCCUCACUAUGAAUCUCCUGCCUUUAAGAAGCACAAGCUGGUGGAAGCCUCCAGACGACUCCAGGAGCAGAUCUGCUCUCAGCAUGGCAAACUGCUGGAGGUUUACUGUCACACUGAGCAGCAGUGUAUCUGCAUGUUGUGUAUGUUACAUAAACAUAAAGGACAUGAUACAGUAUCAGCUGCAGCAGGACGAGCUGACAAACAGAGGCAGUUGACAGAGAUGUACAGAGACUCCCAGCAGAGAAUCCAGCACAGGGAGAAUAAGCUUCAGGAGCUGAGGAAGGCUGUGAGAUGUCACAAGGGCUCUGCACAGGCAGCAGUGGAGGAAAGUGAGAGGAUAUUGACUGAGCUGAUCAGAUCCAUUGUGAAAAGACAAAAUGAACUGACAGCACUGAUCAGAGCUCAGGAGAAAGCUGCAGUGAGUGAAGCUGAAGAAGUCAUGAAGCAACUGGAGCAGGAGAUUGCAGAGCUGAAGAGGAGAGACUCUGAGAUGGAGGAGCUUUCACACACAGAGGAUCCCAUUUAUUUCCUCCAGAUGUUCCGGUCUGCCUCGGCCCCUCCUGUACCUGCAGACAUACCCGGCGUCAUAAUCACUUCUUUCCACCCUUUCAACAGUGUUGUAAAGUCUGUGUCUCAGCUGAGAGAGAAACUUGAACAAUCCCUCAAAGAGGACUUCGAGCAGAUAUCAAGGAGCGUAACGGAAGUCCAGAUUAUUCCCCCAGAUGACCAUAAAACCAGAGAAGAGUUUCUAAAAUAUUCCUGCCAGUUUACACUGGAUCCCGAUACAGCAAAUAAACACCUCUGUCUGUCUGAGAGGAACACAGUGGUGACCUGCAGUGAAACAGCACAGCUGUAUCCUGAUCAUGCCGAGAGAUUCGACAAUUACUGGCAGGUGCUGUGUAGAGAGAGUGUGUGUGGACGCUGUUACUGGGAGGUGGAGUGGAGUGGGAGUGACGGGGUUUCUAUAGUAGUGUCAUAUAAAGACAUCAGCAGGAAGGGAAACUUUGCUGAAUGUGUUUUUGGAGCCAGUGACCAGUCCUGGAGAUUGCUGUGCACUCUGUCCGACUACUCGUUCUAUCACAGAUGUAAAGAAAUUAAAAUCCCUGUAAUGCCCAGCUCCUCUAGAAUAGGAGUGUAUGUGGAUCACAGGGCAGGGAUUCUGUCCUUCUACGGCGUCUCGGACACGAUGAAGCUCCUCCACAGAGUUCACACCACGUUCACUCAGCCUCUUUACCCCGGGUUUUUGGUUUGUAAAGGAUCAGCUAUUAAACUGUGCUAAUUGGUUAAGGUGAGACACAAACAGGGGAAGAAAUCUUUUUGCUUUUAAAUUUUUUUAAAUUGCAAACUUCACCAGAUGAUUGC